AUGUUUAUCUUAUUCAUUUUCUUUCUUAUCAAUCAUAGUCAAUCAUUAGAAUGGAAUUGUACGGAAAAUCAAUCUUUUCUUUUUUCGAAUGAUCAAACAUAUGAACAGUGUACAAUUACAAUUGAAUAUAUAUCAUUACAACAACAAAAACAAUUAUGUAUAACACAUACAUUAUCAAUAAAAAAUCUUCCAAUAUUUUCCUAUUCAUCAAAUUAUACAAUGAAAAUUUGUAAAAUAAAUUCAUGUCAAUUAUUAACAUUAAAUCAAUUAUCAUUUUCAUUACCAUCAUCCGUUGAAAUACUUGAUUUAAGUUAUAAUUUAUUAUCAACAUUUACAUUUUCAUCCUAUUCAUUACCAUCACAAUUAAAAUAUUUAUAUCUUGAUAAUAAUCCAACUUUAAUUGAUAUUAAUUUUAAUCAUGAUUCUGAACAACAUCAACAACUUGUUAGUCUUAGUCUUCGUCAUAAUAAAAAUAUGAAAUUAUCAUUUUUACCAUUAAAUUUAAUUCAACUUGAUUUAACUGAUUGCAAUUUAUUACAAUCAUCAAUAUUAAUAUUAUUAAAAUCGUUAACAAAAUUAACACAUUUAUCUUUAGCGAAUAAUCGAUUAAAACGAUUGCCUAUACUUGAUAGAAGUAUACAACUUGAAUAUCUUAAUCUAUCAAAUAAUUAUUUGACUUCAAUUGAAGAUGAUUGGUUAUAUAAAUCAUUACAAAUUCUCGAUCUUACAUUUAAUCAAAUAGAAUCUCUAGAAUUUUUUAAAGGAAAAUUAAAAAUUAAUCAAACAUUACAACUAUACAAACAUGAUAGGAUAAAUAAAAUGGUUACUCAUCCUCUUCAACUUUCUCUACAUGGUAAUCCUUUAAUUUGUGAUUGUUGGUUAGAUUCUUUACUUAAUUCAUCAUCAAUUAAUAUUACUGAUUUAUCUUUACUUCAAUGUAAUUCUCAUUCAAUUCAAGAUAUUUCACCUAAUGAUCUUCAAUGUUCAUAUACUCGAUAUUGUGCACCUGAUUGUUCAUGUUGUGAUUUUGAAGCAUGUGAUUGUCAUUCUGUAUGUCCUUCUGAAUGUUUAUGUUCACAUAAUGCUUUCUGGUCACAUCAUCUUGUCAAAUGUCAACAAGGAAAUUUAUCUGAUAUACAUAUAUUUUUACCUGAAACAAUAACUGAAUUAAAUUAUGAAGGAAAUAAUAUUGAACAAAUAAAACCAUUUGUAUUUGCUGGUAAAAAUUUAUUAACAAAAUUAAAUUUAGCUAAAAAUAAUAUACAAUAUUUUACUAAUGAAACAUUUUGUGCUGCAUCAAAUUUACGUGAAAUCGAUCUUAGUUAUAAUUCAAAUUUAAUGACAAUACUUCCAUAUAUAAAUGAAUUAUUUGAAUGUUUAAAAAAUUUACAAUAUAUUAUUUUAUCAAGCGAACAAUUCAAGCCGGAAGAUGCAAUUAGUUAUGGAUGGAUUGUUAGUUCAGACAAGAAUUUAAUUCGUAUUAGACGAAAAUCAGAACAAUUAUCUUCAGUAUCACCAUUGAAUAUAACACGCCGACGGUCUACGAUUUCUUCAACAUUUCAUUCAGUAACUGAAACAUCUCCAAUUUUUUCGAUAUUUCAUCAUGAAUCAUUUACAUCUUCGAAUAUUAUUCAUCAUAAUCAAACAUUAAUUGUCAUUGUAUUUUUUCUUCUCUUUUUCGUUUUACUCUUUUUAUUAUUACUUAUAUCAUUGGCUAUUUGUCGGAGAAAACUUCGUCAUCAUAUAACAGCUGAACUUGAACGUCAACAAUCACAACAUUAUUACUAUCAUACACAUUUACAUCAACCAAUAACGAAAAUUCCGGAAAGUAUUCCAGUUAAUGAUAGUCUCUAUGAACAAUUACCAUCGUUAUCUUCUGAUAGUGAACAACCAUUUUUAUAUAAUGAAAAAAAAUUAACUAAUAUAAAUGCUCCAGCUUUGCCUCCAUAUCCACCAUCAUUACGACAUUAUCAUUGUUGUCAUUCAACAACUCCGCAUGACUAUCUUUCAACAAUACAAUCUCAUUCAUCAUCAUCAAAUUUAGAACAACAACAGCAAUCACAAUCGUGUCAAGCGGUUCUAAUCUUGGGAAAUCAAUUGAUCUAUCCGAAUCAUCAAGAAUGUUUAUCUGAUUUACAACAAAAUUUAUUAUUAACUCAACAAGAAAAUAAUACAAUGCAUUAUUGUAAUAAUGAAACAGUAUUUGUACCUACAACUCUUUGCCGAUGUAAGAGUCAGCUGAAGAAUAUUAACACAUAUACGUGUCCUAAUGUUUAUAGAUAG